GCAGCCCAGACCCAACGACCCAGAGAGCAGCUCCGCGGUGCAGGUGGCGAGCAUCGCCAUGCCCCGCCUCCUCGCCUUCGCCCGCCGCCGCCUGCAGCGCUUCACCGAGGACUGCCUGGUGCGCGGGGCGGGCAGCAUGGCAGCAGCGCGCAGGAGGGAGGUGAGGGUCAUCCUGGCAGGUCUCACAGCCAUCUCGCUACACCCCGCUGUCGCCGCGCCCCUCUCGCACCUCCUCCCCGCCAUGCUCCGCUGCACCCCUCCUCCU